AUGACUGCCAACAAGUCAUUCAGCUGCUCUCAGUGUGGUAAAGAAUUUGGCCGUAAGCACCAUCUGCAGUCGUCUGAGGAAAACAGAGAGUCAGAGCUUCUUGCCGGCAGCUCACAUGGACAGAUGGAAACAGAUGAUGGAGAGGACUGUGGAGGACUAGAACCAGUCCGGACAUCAGAUCCAGAUACACAUUUAACACCUGAUACUUAUGACAAAGACUCUUAUGAAUCUGAGACUGAAGUCAGUGAUGAUGAUUGGAAGGAGAGCGGAGAAGUCUCUCACAAUGAUACAACAUGUGAAGAUGGGGAUGAUGAAGAGAAACCUCAGUCCUCACAGCUUUAUCAAAGACUAACUGAAAAGAUGGAAACAGAAGCUGAUGGAGACACUGAUGACAGUGUUGACAGUGACUUUUGGAAGGAGACCCGAGAACGUCCGUCAGGUUUAAACUCUCUGAAUAAUGAUGAAAUCUCUCAAAGUGUUACAGGAUGCGAUCCUGGCAAUCAAGUGUUGAGCUGUUCGGAUGAUAAAGCUUCAGAGUCUCUUGAACCUGAGAGUGAUAACAGUACUGACAGUGACUUUUGGAAAGACGACAGGAAACCGCAGGAAAGUAGCAGGAAACCACAUGGCUGCUCUGAGUGUGGUAAAAGAUUUCGCCACGUUCACCAUUUGAAGAUCCACAUGAAGUUUCAUGCAGGAAAGAGAGCAACAUUCUUUUGUUCAGUCUGUGGUCUAGAAUGUCUUUACAAGUCCCAUCUGAAGAUACAUAUGAGAACUCACACAGGAGAGAAACCAUUCGGUUGCCCAGUUUGUGGUAAAAAAUAUGCACAUAAGGCAAGUAUGCAAUCUCACAUGGUCAUCCACACUGUGGAAAAGCAAUACACCUGCAAUGCCUGCGACAAAGGCUUUGCUUGGUAUACAGAGCUUAAAUACCAUCAGUGUGUCGGUGAGGCCUCACAUGAAACGCCAUAGUGGGCCAUCACACCGAGAUGUAUCACUACAAAAACUAGGGGUGUAAGAAAACAUUGGAAUAUUUUAUUUUAUUAUAUUGUAUCAAAUCUCUAAACCUCUGUAUUUUAGUUUGUGGUUAAACAGCUGAUAGCAGGUAAAACUGUACAUGGAGGCUGUGAUGGUACAUCUCGCUGUUCUGGUAUUAAAAAAGUAAACUUUUUCACUCAGAUUUCCUGCAUAUGGUGGUGUGUUCUUUAUAGUAUGACAGUUUUCCUCAAAUUAGAUUUUUUAAACAUGUAAUUGCAAUACAUCACAACACAUUGAAUCAUGGAUACGUAUUGUCAGAUUCUUGCCAAUACACAGCGCUAAGAGAAACCAAUGUCUUCCUGUGGUAUGGUGUCCACUCAUUUGAACCAUGUGUCACGUUUUUUCUAGCGAUCUCUAGCAGGCUUUACCACUUUAAAACUUCCUUUCUGUUUCAAUGCUGUUUACUAUGCCGGUAAAUAGGUUAGCUAGCUACCUACUUAGCUGUUGGACUGUGAGAGAGCUACAGAGCAGCAGUGUAGUGCGGUUAAAGUAACCUCAGUCAUCCUCCUCUUGGAAAUGGAGCUGCACUUUACUCAUCAAGAGCUUGACGUCUGCUUCAACACCUUUAUCGUGUUCAUUAUAUUUGAUCGCCUGGUUGUGCACGUUGCCUCACUCCACAGGCGCACCAGCUGUUUUUCCCGAUGGUAGUUGUUGUCUUCGGCCCCAUAAUGGAGAGAAACAAAAGAGAUCUGAAAUGCACUUCACACACUGAAGAAAUGAUUCAUCUUGUUGUUGACAGCAGUGACAGGGAGUUAAGCUGAAGAGUUUUUACCUUAUUGAAUUAUCUGCCAACUAUUAUUGUGAAAUGUCCAACAAUCCAAAACCCAAACAGAUUCAGUUUAAUGUCAAAAUAAUCGUUUUUGUUUUAAUGACUGAAGCUAUUAGUUGAUUAUCAAAAUAGUUGCAGGUAAUUUUUAUUUGAAGAGAUGCUUUCCCAUUGCAGAAAUAAAAUCUUAUUCACCCGAUCCUGUAUACCUCUCAUCAGUGCAUUUUUUUUUCAAUGUUAUGUCAAGUAUUUAUUGCUGUGGUUUAUACUUUGACAACGUGGACCUGGUGCUUCUGCAGAAUAUAAUAUUAAUUAUAAUAAGACUAAAACUCUUCAUUGUUAAAGCCAUUCUGUGUCUAACCACUAUUAUACCACAACAUCUGGACGGAUGAUCUAUUAAAAACUGUUUAUAAUGGACACUGGACAAGUUCAUAUUUUCAGUGUUAUUUUAAAUAUGAGGUUUUACUUUAUUGUGUGAUACUGAAAGUUGUAAAUUAAUUGUGACGAACAAAUAUUUAUUCAACACUGUCUGGAGUAUUUAU